AUGAGUCAGGAAAAAAUUGAAGAAAUUGUUUCCGAGGAACCAUUUUUGGGCACGUUAGAUAUAGCACUACUUGUAGUCCUAAUUGUUGGAGCAACAUGGUACUUUAUGCGAAGCCGUAAGAAGGAAGAGGCUCCAAUUCGAUCCUACUCCAUACAACCAACCACAGUUAGCACCGUAACAACAACAGAAAAUUCAUUCAUAAAAAAAUUGAAAGCCUCUGGUCGCAGCUUGGUUGUAUUUUAUGGAUCACAAACUGGAACAGCUGAAGAAUUUGCUGGACGUUUGGCUAAGGAGGGCCUACGUUAUCGUAUGAAGGGAAUGGUGGCUGAUCCAGAAGAGUGUGAUAUGGAAGAAUUGCUGCAAAUGAAGGAUAUUCCCAACUCAUUAGCUGUAUUCUGUUUGGCUACUUAUGGAGAAGGCGAUCCUACCGAUAACGCCAUGGAGUUCUACGAAUGGAUUACAAAUGGUGAAGUUGAUUUAACGGGUUUAAACUACGCUGUAUUUGGCUUGGGCAACAAAACCUAUGAACAUUAUAACAAAGUUGCAAUCUAUGUUGACAAACGGUUGGAAGAACUUGGAGCUACUAGAGUUUUCGAGUUAGGUCUAGGAGACGAUGAUGCAAAUAUCGAAGACGAUUUCAUCACAUGGAAAGAUAGAUUUUGGCCAUCGGUGUGUGACUUCUAUGGAAUUGAAGGUAGUGGCGAAGAAGUAUUAAUGCGCCAAUUCCGACUAUUGGAACAACCAGAUGUCCAACCAGACCGUAUUUAUACUGGGGAAAUAGCUCGGUUGCAUUCAAUGCAAAACCAAAGGCCUCCCUUCGAUGCUAAAAAUCCAUUUUUGGCCACCGUAGUUGUAAACCGAGAGCUGCAUAAAGGUGGUGGACGAUCGUGUAUGCAUAUCGAAUUGGAUAUUGAAGGAUCAAAAAUGCGGUAUGAUGCUGGCGACCACAUAGCAAUGUAUCCAAUCAACGACAAGACAUUGGUAGAAAAAUUGGGUGAACUAUGUAACGCUGAUUUGGAUACAGUAUUUUCUCUGAUAAAUACCGAUACGGACAGCAGCAAGAAACAUCCAUUCCCCUGUCCUACCACAUAUCGUACUGCAUUGACUCAUUACUUGGAAAUUACUGCUAUUCCAAGAACGCAUAUUCUAAAAGAGUUAGCAGAAUAUUGCGCCGAAGAAAAGGACAAGGAAUUUUUACGGAGUAUGGCGUCUAUUACUCCAGAGGGGAAAGAAAAAUACCAAAACUGGAUCCAGAACUCUUCAAGAAAUAUAGUUCACAUUUUGGAGGAUAUUAGGUCCUGCAAACCUCCAAUUGACCAUAUUUGCGAACUCCUACCACGUCUUCAACCGCGCUACUACUCGAUUUCAUCAUCUUCUAAGUUGUACCCUACUAGUGUUCAUAUCACUGCGGUUUUGGUCCAGUAUGAUACACCAACUGGUCGCGUCAAUAAAGGUGUGGCUACGUCAUACAUGAGGGAAAAAGUUCCCUCACAGGGUGAUGUUAAAGUGCCCGUAUUUAUUCGUAAAUCCCAAUUCCGAUUACCAACAAAGUCCGAGAUCCCAAUCAUAAUGGUGGGCCCUGGAACUGGUUUAGCUCCAUUUAGAGGAUUCAUACAAGAACGACAACAUUUGCGGGACGGAGGUAAAGUCGUCGGCGAUACAAUAUUGUAUUUCGGAUGUAGGAAGAAGGACGAAGACUUCAUUUACAGAGAAGAAUUGGAACAAUACGUACAAAAUGGAACUUUAACUUUGAAAACUGCUUUUUCAAGAGACCAACAAGAAAAAAUUUACGUCACUCAUUUAAUUGAACAAGAUGCGGAAUUAAUUUGGAAAGUUAUAGGUGAACUAAAAGGACACUUUUACAUCUGCGGAGAUGCUAAAAAUAUGGCUGUUGACGUUAGAAAUAUUUUAGUUAAAAUUUUGUCAACCAAGGGCAAUAUGAGCGAGCCAGAUGCUGUGCAAUAUAUAAAAAAAAUGGAGGCCCAAAAGCGUUACUCUGCUGAUGUCUGGAGCUAGAA